CACAAAGACGUCAUGGCUAAACGUGACGUCAUACAAACGAAAACUUACAAACUGGAGGUUAUUUCGUUACCUGUACGCUUCAAAUUUGGAUAAAAUAACAUUAAAACGGCAAAUUCGAGAAAAAACACGAAGACAAACAAAAAAACAUCAGAGAACUAACCAGACCCAGAGAAUCAUGUGCCAAUUCCGACCCAGAACCUAUAAAGUCUGAACCUGCGGACCAUGUGGAUCAUUAACUUGCAGACACUGUGGAGCCUGAACCUGCAGAACCUGUGGAGCCUGAACAUGCAGAGCAGAAGCCUGAAAUUCAGGAACUUGAGAUGGAGUUAGCUCCUCAUCAACAACAAACAGAACCUGAGCCAGAUCACAGAUAAUUGAGACAAAUCCACUAAAGGUAAAAUUUAUGAACGACACUACAAAGAAAAACAUCUAAGUGUGGCCACAAUCUGAAGACAAAAGUAUUGUAGAGUGAAGUCAGAUUGUCAGAAGACUGUCAAUCACAACACUGGCCCAAAGGCUUCGAUAUGUUUUUGUCGAUGUAACAAUUCACAGCCACAUGAAUGUAAACUUAAGGGACAUUUUCGGUGAAAGCCAUGGAAUUGUCAGUUUAUUUUCAAUCUACGAGUUUGACUGUCUCACUGGUGUCCCACCUUUGUUGAAGUGUGUUACAAAACAGAUGAUAAGGCAUGACUGAUUUUGAGAGAAUAAUAAAACAAAUGUUUAAGUGUUUCAAUACAAGUCUGAAUGCAGAAGUUGGGAGAAACUUGGGUGGUAUGCCGAGGAACCAAAAUGGGUAUGAGUGUUAGUGGAACCUCUAAAGAUCACUAUGAUUUAUAUAAACGUAGAUACACAAACUGUACAUAUGUAGAUGGAAAUUUGGAAAUUACAUAUUUAGAUAAAAAUGAACAAGGUUCAGAUUGGGAUUUGACUUUCUUGGAAUCCAUUGAAGAAGUUAGUGGAUAUGUUUUGAUUUAUUCUGUUUUUACUCAAGAAUUGCAUUUGAAGAACUUACGUCUUAUAAGAGGAAGCCAGUUGUUCUCAUUCAAGGGAGAGAAGUUAUAUAGCUUGGUUUUAGCAAGUAAUAGUAAACCUGGAUCUACAACAAAAGGAUUGAUGCACUUAGGAUUUAAAAGUUUACAAGAAAUAAUGAAUGGAAUUGUUUAUUUCUACAACAAUAACUUGUUGUGUUUUGAACAAACAAUCCAUUGGGCAGACAUCAAUCCCAGUGUAACACCUCAUGCUAAAUACAGCUUUAAUAAUACGUAUCACAAAAGGAGUUGUGGUGAAUGUCAUCCAGCAUGUUAUAAUACGAAGACAGAUUCUAAACAAUGUUGGGGAGAAGGUCCAGAUAUGUGUCAAACAUUGAACCAUGCAUCAGUUUGUAGUCAGACAUGUGAAGAUAGAUGUUUUGGUAGCGCCCCGAAUCAAUGUUGCCAUCCAGAAUGUGCUGCUGGGUGUAAUGGACCAAAGAAAACGGAUUGUUAUGCAUGCAAGCAUUACUCCAAUGAUAAUGAAUGUGUCAGUCGAUGUCCUCCUCAUCAGGUUUAUAAUCCAUACAAACUUGAAAUGGAAGAAAGUCCAGAUGGAAAAUUUGCAUAUGGUGCACUUUGUCAAAAAGACUGUCCAAAACAUUUGUUGAAAGAUAAGGAACAGAAUGUUUGUGUAAAAACCUGCAGAACAAGGUUCCAUGAUGUUAAUGGUACAUGUGUAGAAUGUAAUGGACCCUGUCCUAAAGCAUGUACAGGUCAGAGUGGUGGGGAGUACAUCACAGCCAAGAACAUUAAUCAGUUUGAAAAUUGUACAAUUAUAAAUGGAAAUCUCAAAAUUGUAGAAGCUUCAUUUGCAGGAGAUACCCAAUUUAAGAUACCAGGAAUUACAGUUGCUGAUUUACAAAUUCUUAAGAGCGUCAAGGAAGUGACAGGCUAUAUAAUGAUACAGUCAAACGACACUAACUUCAGAAAUUUAUCUUUUCUCUCAAACUUGGAGGUUAUCCAUGGAAGAGAGGUUGAUGCAACACAAAGUGCCCUGAAUGUCAUGUUUACACCACUGAAGACACUAGACUUAACAUCAUUACGGCAGAUAAAGAACGGCCAUGUUACUAUAGCAUUUAACCAUCAUUUAUGUUACCUUUCUGAUAUCAACUUUACACCAAUGUUUGUUCAUAAAAGUUUACAGGUGGUCAGGAAAAUGAAAAAUAAGAAGGAAGAUUUAUGUAAAGAUGAAGGUGAAGUCUGUGACCAGAGCUGUUCAGAUGAUGGAUGUUGGUUCAAGGGACCAGAUAAAUGUUUACAGUGCAGGAACUUCAAGAUAGACAACAGUAGUAAUAUCUGUAUUAAUGAUUGUUCACAGUUACCAUGGUUAUAUCAAGUUGGAAAUCUGUGUAAAUUCUGUGAUGAGGAGUGUGAGUCUACAUGCUCAGGUCUUGGACCAGAGAAUUGUCAUAAGUGUAAACAUAAUGCUGUAACUGGAACAGAUAAAGAUGGCAACAUGAUAAAGAAAUGUUUAAAACAAUGUCCGGAGAUGUUUUAUCCUGACCAAGAUAAGAUUUGUCAGAAGUGUAACGAUUACUGUGAUGAAGGUUGUACUGGUCUGUCUCCGACUGUAAUGAUCGGUGGAUGUAACAGUUGUAACAUUGGUAUUGAACAGACCAAUCAACGUGGAGAUACUAUCAUUACUUGUAUGGAUCCAAAUGAAGAAUCGUGUCCAAUAGGGUUCUACAGACAUACAGUGUCUCAGUCAAAUAAAGAUAAUCCAUUAGCUGGAAAAACAGUUUGUAAAAGAUGCCAUGAGAUGUGUACUGACUGUACUGGGUCUGGUUCUGCCCACUGUAUAACAUGUAAAUAUCUAAAGCAGUUUGAUUACUGUGUAGACAAAUGUUAUCCCAUCUUCUACCCCGACUCUAACAACAUUUGUCAGGGAUGUCAUGAACAGUGUAGAGACAGUUGUUAUGGACCAUCAGCUGCUGAUUGUAAUUCUUGUAAAAACUUCAAAGUUUACUGGGAUGACACGGAAAAUCUACACAGAUUUAAUUGUACAGAAAAAUGUCCUGAAGAUAAAAGUCACCAUGUUGAAUCAGAAGAUGUUAAUGAUGAAGGAUUGAUUGUAUGUGCUGGAGCCUCUCAUCCAAGAGUCCAGGCUAGAUUAAAUGCAGACAGAGAUGCUGAGAAGAAGAAGAUAUUGGCAAUAGCAGUACCUACAGUAGGAGGGAUAUUACUGGUUGCUGUUCUACUGGUCCUGUUUGCCUAUUACUGGAAACAGAGAGCUAAGUCACAGGAGAAGACAGCUAUUCUGACUGCUAGAAUGACAGGAUAUGAGGAUGAGCCAAUCACCCCCACAGAUGCUAAACCAGAUAUGUCAAGUUUAAGAUUGAUUAAGGAAUCAGAGUUACGUAGAGGAGGUAUUAUUGGAUCCGGUGCAUUUGGUACAGUAUAUAAGGGGUUCUGGAUACCAGACAAUGAAAAUGUAAAGAUACCAGUAGCCAUUAAAGUACUACAGGAAGGCACCUCACCCAAUCUGAAUAAAGAAUUACUAGAAGAGGCACGAGUGAUGUCCAGUGUGGACAAUGUCUGUUGUAUCAGAAUUCUGGCUGUCUGUAUGACUGCACAAAUGAUGUUAAUUACACAGUUAAUGCCAUUAGGCUGUUUACUGGACUACGUUAGGAAACACAAAGAGAAUGUGGGUUCUAAAGUGCUGUUGAACUGGGCAACACAAAUAGCUAGGGGUAUGGCAUAUUUAGAAGAACGUGGAAUUGUACACAGAGAUUUAGCAGCAAGAAAUGUACUAGUUCAAAGUCCAGGUCAAAUAAAGAUAACAGAUUUUGGUCUUGCUAAACUUCUGGACUAUAAUGAGGAUGAAUAUGUAGCUGGUGGAGGGAAGAUGCCUAUCAAAUGGUUAGCACUAGAAUGUAUACAACACAGAGUAUUUACACAUAAAAGUGAUGUCUGGAGUUAUGGAGUGACAAUCUGGGAAUUAUUUACAUAUGGACAAAAACCAUAUGAACAUGUGAGAGCUCGAAAUGUACCAGAAAUCUUAGAAAAGGGAGAAAGACUUCCACAGCCAAAUAUCUGUACUAUUGAUGUCUAUAUGAUUAUGAUCAAAUGUUGGAUGUUGGAUGCUGAAAGUCGACCAAGUUUUAUAGAACUUGCAGAUGAGUUUGCCAAGAUGGCGAGAGAUCCUGGUAGAUACCUUGUUAUACAGGGAGAUGUCAACAAGAAAAUCCCAGAUGAACCUGAAAAAAAUGCACCUUUACUCGCUUUUACUAAUGAAAUAGAUUCUGGUGUCGAAGCAGAUCAGACAGAGGGAGACAAAUUGAUGAGAUUACCAAGUCAUUCCUAUGAUAAGAAUGACCUAGCCAGAAGUUUGAGUGUUGCAGCAGACGGACCAGAAGAACUCAUGGAAGCAGAUGAUUACUUACAACCACAAUCACAUGAGGCCGAGGCUCCUGUCUCUCCUGUAUCAAUCAAGGCACCUUUACUUGAGCUUCCAGAGGGAACAAAGAUGUUUGAUAAAAACAGACACUAUGGUGGACCUCCAUUUCGGGAAAAACGUUAUGCUCAUCUGGAUUCUGCCCUGAAUGCCAGACAACAAAGAGAAAUGUCGCCCCGAGGACGAGGUGAUAGUAUCAAUAGUAGAUACAGUUCUGACCCUGUUCAAGUUUUACAAGACAAUGAGGAUACUGAACAGAUCCUGACACCACAGAGAAAGUACCCCACCAAAUCAUUAGGUCAGUAUGAACGUCACAAAAAUGGUGAUGUCAAGAUACGACUUCCUGUAGAUGAAGAUGAUUACCUUCAACCUAAGUCAAGUCAUCCACGGAAGUAUAUGGACCUUCUGGAAGACCCAGAUUACAUUAAUGAGAAUAAGCCUGUGUUUGAUGACGAGGAUGAUACACCAUACAUGAAGCCUGAUCCUGUGCUACAAUUUCAUAACCCAGAAUAUUUUGACAGUCCAGUUCAUACAAAUGCUCAAUUGCCACGGAAAUCUAACUCAUCUGAUUAUUACAAUGACAUGAAAGUGAACGGCACAGAACUGAAGCCUUUAAUGAUUGUAGAGGAUAACUCUGAAACAACAGUGUAGUCAUGUGUGUUCUCAGUGUUAUCUCCCUUUCACAAAGUUAAUCACUCUUAAGAAAGUUCGGGAGUUUUAAACCAACUGUUUAUUACUAAAGGGAGAUAACUUUAUACAUGUUAUAGCCCAUACUGCCAAAUAGUGAUAACUAACUUGGUUGUGAUAACCAUGGAUACAUUAACCAACCAGGAGUUAUGUUUAUGGUUGUGUUAUACAGCUUUGUUAAGCCGAGGCAAUAGUGGUCAGGGACAGUUUAUACUGCCAAGAAGAUAUGUGAUAUAUACAGUCAUUUUAUACACAAGAACCAUUUGUUUGAGAUUAUUCACUAAACAGGUUGUGAUACUAUCGAGCAGGGACCACAGUACAAGUCGUGUGACUUUAUAUACAAGGCUGGUGAUAGAUCUGUGCAUGCAGCUUAGAUAAUAUAUAUGUUGUUAUUGUUAGAAAAUAUUAUACUAUUUAAAUUGUUAAACAAUGUGUUCUAGCUGAUGUAAUAUAAUUUAGUUAUCUUUUGAAUAAAUAAAACAUGAAGAAAAUAAUCACACUAUGAUAACAAAGAUAAAUACAAAAUAAAGUUUUUUGUGUUGCAGAUUAUCGUCUGAAAUUAUCUCAUUAUAAAUUGUGAACAAGUAUAUGUAUCAAUUUUAUGAUGAAUUUGCUUGUGUUCAGAAAGUACAAUACUAUUAGAUAUAAACACAGAGUGGAAGGUGACAAAUACAUGUAGUUAUGUCCAGUUGUAAGAUCUCUACUGUGUUUACAAAGAAGGAAUCAUGUUUCCAUUUGACUGCAAAUUCACUAUAUAUAUCAAUGACAAGUAAAUUAAGACAAUUUGAUAAGGACAUUUGUUUCUGCAUUUUAAAAUUCAGGAAAUUUUUUUUUAUAUUUGCCACCGAAAACAAUUUAUAUAUCAAAUAUUUCUUCAUGUUAUAGAAUGGGAUUUGUUUACAUACCGAAUCAAAUGUGACGAUUAAAUUAUUGUUUAUCUUAGAUCUGUAUGUAAAUGUUAUGAAAUGUGAUAAUUAUUUUAAGCAUGCGAGAGAGUUCAGAUUAAUCUGAAAAAGUGAUUUAAAAAACAUAUAUCUGAUCUUAAUUUUAAAUGAAUUUAAUUUUUCAGGAUGAAAUUUGGAUUAAUGUAUAUAUGAUCACACUACAUGCAUUGUUAAGUACAAGUUAUUAAAUUGAACUAAGUUACUCUUGAAAUACUUGAGAAUAUUAUGUACUAAUAUGAAUAUGUCAAAUGGACAACUGUUUCUGUUUAUUGCUAAAAUCUACAGAAACUCAAAUGCUUCAUGUGAUUAGUAAGCCCCUACCUGUAGAAGUAAUGAAGAUUUAGGUUGCUGACAUUAAAUUAUAUUUCCAUUUCUACUAAAAGAGUCCAUUGAAGAUUUGAAACAAAAUAAAUAAAGUGCAUAGUUUGUUUAAAGUUAUAUGGAAAAUGUGAUUAGGGCAUACAAUACUUAUUUGAUCUUGUGGUGAAUUUUUAUGAAACUUAGUAUACAAGCUAUUUUUUACCUUGUCAAUUUAAAAAUGCAACUGAAUAUAUACAUUUUUGUGCUACUUGACGUCGAAAUUUAUGCAAAAUUUCUAUCCUUUGGAAAAACUUACUUAGCCUUUUGUUUCAAAAGAUAGACACAAACAAGUUUUUUUGUGAAAGCAUUUGGAGUAUGUUGUAUACAUAUGUUUGAUCUGAAUUUGUUAAACAUUUUUUGGAAAUAAUUGCAUGAUUUUAUUCAAUUUUCAUGAUAUUCGAAGAAAUUGGCAUGUUGAAUUGUAUUUUUAGAUAUUAUUAAAAAGAGGGGUCCAUGUACUUGUCGAGCUAAUGGUUAAAUUCAGUCCAAUAAAAACAUCUUUUCUUGAUAUGUAACAUUUUGGUUGGCAUUACAAUAACAAUUUAACAUCAGAAAAAGCAUUACCUCCCCUGUAUCUGUAUUGUAUGCCCUUAUAAACAACAUACAUCAAGGUUUACAUUAUGGACAUACAGAUUCUUGACAGUUAAUUGUACUAUUGAAGCAUUGUUGAGUUUACCAAAUAUUAAUUGUUGAUAUUUCAGUUAUUUAUUCUAUAUGUUAUGUAAGAAACAUUAUAACCACAUAGUUGUUGGAGUUGUUACUAUUUUUAGACUAAAUCAAGUUCCAUUUUGCAUUUUAAAUCAGAGGUUAUACUUCUGGUGUGAACAGUACAUUGUUAUAUUUGGUAGUGUUAUAAUAGUAAAGACCAAUGUGCCUCUUA